CCCGUUGCUCUCGAAGAAAGGCUGCUCAACCACCUGGCUCUCAGAGCAGUCUAGAUCGACAUCGACGUCAAUCUACCUUUACAAACGUCUCGGUCUGCCGUGAUCUUGCUCUCACAAACGCAUCUCAAACCGUGAGCUUGCAAUCCACGACAUCUACCUAAUCCUGUCUCUUCGCCCUAUCCUUUUCUUCAUCUUCCUCCUCUCUGGUACAAUCUUCCCUUUGGCAUCCGGAUACCUCGUUGCGACGAUCAUAUAGGAACUCCUCUUCUACCCAACACCUUUACCAAAACGUCUAGCAAAAUGGCUCCCGAAGAAGAAGAGUUGGUCGAUUACGAGGAUGAGAUCCAGGACGAGGUCGCCGCUCCCGCUGCUGCCGCCGCCGGUACCGGAAAGGCUACCGCUGGAGAUGGCGAGAAGAAGGGAAGCUAUGUUGGUAUCCACAGUACCGGUUUCAGGGAUUUCCUCUUGAAGCCCGAGCUUCUACGUGCCAUCUCGGACCUCGGUUUCGAACAUCCUUCGGAGGUCCAGCAAGAAUGUAUCCCCCAGUCCAUCUUGGGUCAGGAUGUCCUUUGUCAAGCCAAGUCUGGUAUGGGUAAAACCGCCGUCUUCGUCUUGGCCGUACUCCAGCAACUCGAGCCUGUCGACGGAGAGGUCUCGACCAUCAUUCUCUGUCACACCCGAGAAUUGGCUUUCCAGAUCAAGAACGAGUUCAACAGGUUCACCAAGUACAUGCCCGAUGUCAGGACCUCGGUCUUUUACGGAGGUACCCCCGUCAAGGCCGACCAGGAGAUCUUGGCCGACAAGACCAAGUGCCCUCACAUCGUUGUUGGUACCCCCGGGCGAAUGAACGGCUUGACCCGUGACAAGAGCCUCGACGGUUCCAAGGUCAAGAUGUUCGUCUUGGACGAGUGUGACAAGAUGUUGGAGCAGCUCGACAUGCGACGAGACGUUCAGGAGAUCUUCAGGUCGACUCCCGCUCACAAGCAGGUUAUGAUGUUCAGCGCUACCCUCGGAAAGGAGGUCCGAGUAACUUGCAAGAAGUUCAUGCAGAACCCUCUUGAGAUCUAUGUCGAUGACGAGACCAAGUUGACCCUGCACGGUCUUCAGCAAUACUUUGUGAAGCUCUCUGAGGGCCAAAAGAACCGAAAGCUCAACGACUUGUUGGACAGCCUCGAGUUUAACCAGGUCUGUAUCUUUGUCAAGUCCGUAGCAAGGGCCACCGAGUUGGACCGACUCUUGAGGGAGUGCAACUUCCCCAGUAUCGCCAUCCACUCUGCUCUUGACCAGGCUGAGCGAAUCAACCGAUACAAGAUGUUCAAGAACUUCGAGAAGCGUAUCCUCGUCGCCACCGACAUCUUUGGUCGUGGUAUCGAUGUCGAGCGAGUUAAUGUCGUCAUCAACUACGACGCACCCACCGACGCCGACUCAUACUUGCACCGAGUCGGUCGUGCUGGACGAUUCGGUACCAAGGGUCUUGGUAUCACCUUUGUGACCAAUGACGAGGACGAAGAGGUACUGAAGAAGAUCCAGGAACGAUUCGUCGUGGCCAUUCCCGACCUUCCUGAGCACAUCGAGGCCUCCACCUACAUGACCGCCUGAGCGCACAGAGUGGAGAGGAGGAAGAAGAGCUUUGAGGAAGCAGUAAAAAGAAUGCCCAUCGUCGAAAUCACCGUUUCCCACCCAAUUCGUGCCUUGUACUUGUUGCCUUUGGUAUAAACAUUGUUCGGUCCAGCUAGUCUGCUGCAGCUC